AUGGCAUCUGGCCAAGAGAAGGACAUGGCAAGGGAGGAAGGGCCCACUGCACCUAAUGAGGUGGUGAACAAUGCUGCUGAUAUUGACCUCAAUCAAGAUGAGGCAAUGGCUGACAUUGAGCUGGAUGACAUUGAGAACCUGGACUUGGAGGAUGAGGAUAACUAUGUUGAAGCUGAUAACCAUGGUGAAGCUGAUAACCAUGGUGAAGCUGAUAACAAUGGGGAGGAGGACAACACCGGUGACAAGGAGAACACUGGUGAUGAAAAUGACUUCACUGAGGGUGAAGGCAUGAGUUAUCCUGUCUCCGAGGAGAUUGUCCAACUCCAGGCUAAAGUGUCAACUCAGAAUAUCACCAUCCUGCAGCAGCAGAAGUCCAUUGAUGGACUCACAAAGCUGGCUAACAAGCUUAAGGCUGAGUUGGGCGUUGUCACGAAGGAGGCUUGCCAAUUCCGUCGCAGCCUGGGCACUAAGAAGCGCCAAAUUGAGGAGCUUCUGGAUAAUUGCAACAAUAUGCAAGCGUCAAUCAACAAGCUUUAUGAGCAUUUGAGGGAGAUUAGGAGGGAGGGCAUUUACCAGCCUCCUCCUGGGCGUAGGCCCGCUCCUGCUGCUCAGACGACACCCGCUCCGCCCGCACCUCCGGCGACGGAGGUGGAGCCUUGGCUUGACCUGGUGGAUACCACCAUGACCCUUGCGAAUGUGCGCCCCGAGGCUCGCGUCCCCGCAGCUACUCGUGCAUUGGAUGAGGUGGCACGCAGGGCGGUGUACGGCGCUAAGAAGCAGGCGCAGGGACCGUUUGCAUGGCCGGAGUUCUGCACCGCGCUGAGAGAGGCGUUCAUGGUCGACCUGGAACUUCGCGGACGCCUCGAGAGUAUUAAGUGCCGUGACCGUUCGGUGCAGGACUAUGCGGUCGAGUUCGAAGCCGCAGCACGCUUGCUCCAAAAACCCUUGUCCGAUGAGGAGAUGAUGCACAUCUUCAUGAAAGGCCUUCCUGUCAAGCUGCAGCAGGCACACGUGACAGGUGGCAUGACCAAUUGGACGACUUACAAGGAAAUGAAGGAGCAGGUGACCAAAACGGACAACAUCAUUCGCACGUACGUGUUUGGCACCGAUAAGCCAGGCCAGCAGCCCCGUGCUGAAGGCUCUGGUGGUCAUGGGAACCGACCCCAGAAUGCCACGGGUGGAGGCGGUUGGAACAAGCGGCCUUUCCAGCAGCGUGGUCACCAGCCCGGGCCGCAGGCCAAGCGAGCUAACGGAUGGGGAGGGCGUGGCCCUAACACCCCAGACUUCUCCGAUAAGCAGUGUAGGCGCUGUAAAAGGAUGGGGCACAUCGAAAAGUAG